AUGUCUUGGGAUCCAUGCUUAUGCACUCUUAAAGACGGUGAGCCAGGGGUUGUUGUUGAUGUGCUGGUUAUUGCCAAGGUACGCGCCAAGCAAGCUGUAACACGUGGAGAUUAUGCUGCCUGUCAUGACCUAGGUCCGCCCCUCCCCUUAUCCCCCCUUCCCCCCUCCCCUCGCCCUCCCCUCGCCCUCCCCUCGCCCUCCCCUCGCCCUCCCCUCGCCCUCCCCUCGCCCUCCCCUCGACCUCCCUUCGCGCCCCCCCCCCCCCCCUCGCCCUUCCCUGUCUCUCCCUGCGCCACGGACCCUGCUCUCCUGUGA